AUGCUCGGGAACUAUGUACGUGCAUUGUUGGGACGAGGAUAUCUUGUCGGGGUGAAUUUAGAGAGUGUGAGGAAUGCCAAAACCUGUUUGCCUUAUUCAGAAUAUUAUCCAAAUAUCUAUCCUCAAGUGACAGGAGAACUUAGUGACCUGGAGUUUCCUCCAGAUAGAAGGCGUUUAUCUGCUGUCAAUCGACAGCCUCAGCUAACAACUGGUACUAAGCCACCUAAAUAUACAAGACAAAAAAUUGACUGGCGUGGUCCGGAAACCUUGUUUAACAAAUUAAACUAUCGUCAGUACGGAGUACAAGCAAUGGAGGGUGGUGAACUUGAGUUUGGUCAUUUCGAAAUGAUGAGGAUAUCUAUCAACAAACAUAUAGAUGAAAAGCGAAUGUUCGCAGUAUGGGGUGUCGAGGCCCCCUGGAAACCAGUUACCCGUCGCUCUCAGGGGAAGAGAAAAGGUGGUGGAAAAGCUAACAUACAUCACUAUUCUACUCCAGUAAAAGCUGAAAGAAUAAUUCUCGAACUUGGAGGUUAUUUGAACUGGAGAGAAGCUUAUCGUAUAUUGAGUCGUGCUGUUGAUAAGUUGCCAUUCCGGGCUAGAUUUAUUUCCCAAGAGCUUUUAGAUACAGAGUCUCAAAUAGAGGCUUACAUUAAAGAAAAAAAUGUAAAUCCGUUUUAUGAACCAGGUUAUGCACUAGCGCACAACUAUGCAGGCUGUCGAAGUUUCAUCAGUCCGUAUUAUUUAGAUUGGGGUACAAAUAGAUAUCACUGA